AUGAUUGCAAAAUUUAGAGAUGGUGGAUUGAAAGAAAACCUUUGGUUUGCAGCCAUAAGAACAACACAUGCUGAGUUUGAGAAUGCAAUGUCAGAAAUCCAAAGAAUCCAUCUUGAAGCUUAUGAUUAUUUGAGAAAAAUUCCAGCCCAAUCUAGGUCUAGAGCUCACUUUUCAGGGAGAGCAAAAUGUGACAUCCUUUUGAACAAUAUUUGUGAAUCAUUCAAUAGUAAACUAGUUAAGGGAAGAGACAAACCAAUCAUCACUUCUUUAGAGUUCAUUAGGGAGUAUCUAAUGAAGAUGAUUGUUAAAGUGCAAGAAGUUAUUGACACAUGUAAGGGUCCACUCACUCCAACAGCCACAGAAAUUCUUGAAACAAAUAAGAAGGAUGCAGAAAAGUUUAAUGUUAUAUGGAAUGGGGAAAACAGAUUCCAGGUUAAUGGGCCAUGGAAUGAACAAGUUGUGGUUGAUAUGCAAAAUAGAGAAUGUUCUUGCAGGAAGUGGCAGUUAACAGGAAUACCUUGCAAACAUGUUGUUGUUGUUCUUUGGAAGAUGGAUAAGUUUGGUUAUGAUGUAGGUGAGGUUGAAGACUGGGUGCAUACUGCAUAUACUUUGCAAACAUGGCAGCAAGUGUAUUCAAACAAGGUUGAACCAAUUGUUGGUGCAACUUACUGGGAAAAAAGUAAUAAUCCAAUGAAGAUUCUACCUCCUAAACACCACACACAAGUUGGGAUGCCAAAAAAGAAAAGAAAGAGAAGCCAAUAUGAGAAUGAACCAAUUGUGAGAGGUAACAAACUGUCAAAGAAAGGGGGAACUAUUACUUGUGGAAAUUGCAAGAACAAGGGUCACAACUCCAAGACAUGCAACGGACAAUCAAGCCAGCCAACUGAAAACAGGCCAAGAAAGAAGCCAGCCAAGUCCAAGUCAGCCACUCAACCUUCUGCAAGCCAAGCAAGUCAAUCUGCUGCUCAAACACCUACUGCCAGCCAUCCAGGUCAAUCAAGCCAAACAAGUCAAGCUACAACUGUACUGAAGCCUGUUUCCAGUCCACGUGGAGUUCAAUGGGUUGCACCAAAGGGAUUUGCAGGGCCAAGGUCUAGAACAUGA